AUGAGUCUCUUUCUGUCCAGAGAUACUCAGGUGAGGAUAAUUGAAAAUACCGUCUCCAACGCGGAGCAAUACUUUGGCAGGUUCUGCAGCCUGAUGGCAGCUUAUACGCGCAAGACGGCAAAGCUUCGGGAUAAGGCAGACCUGCUUGUCAAGCAGCUCCUUGACUACGCCAACACAGAGAGUCCCGAGCUGCGAACCACCGUCAAGAACUUCGCCGAGGAGCUGGCCAGAGUGCAGGACUACAGGCAAGCGGAGGUGGAGAGACUGGAGGUGAAGGUUGUCGAACCUCUGAAGGUGUACGGGAUGCUCAUCAAGCAGACCAGGGCCGAUAUUAAGAAGUUCAACAACGCCCGAAAAAACGAAAUGAAGCAGCUCCAGCAGCUAGAGAAGAUCCGCCUGAAGUCGCCAUCCAACCGACACGUGAUCACACAGGCUGAAUCUCAAGUGCACAAGGCGUCCGUUGAUGCAAGCCGAUCAACACAGCGGCUUGAAGAAACCAUUGAUGAGUUUCAGAAGCAGAAAUUACAGGAUAUUCAGAAGAUAUUCCUGGAUUUUAUCAGCAUUGAGAUGGUCUUCCAUGCAAAGGCUUUAGAGGUCUACUCCACUGCAUUCCAACAUCUUAAAAGCUAUGACAUGCAGAAAGACCUGGAGGACUUCAGAGCAAAAGUACAGAUGGCUUCUGGAACCUUCCAUGAGGCAAAACCAGCUACUGCAAUGACUCCAGCCUCUACCAUUCCGUGGUCCACUGGCACACAGGUGAGAAGAAGCAUUCUUCAGAAGUUGUCCCUAGUGGAGAGUGAUGAAGACGAUGAAGAAAGUCAGCUGCAAGAUUUAAGCCACACAAAAUACACCCAGAUCCAGCAUGUCGCCAGCAAAACCCCAUGA